AGAGAGAGAGAGAGAGAGAGUAUAUAAAGGACUGGAGGAGCUUUCACCUGCCCACUCGUUCUGUCUCUCUUCCUCAUCACACCUCUCUCUCUGAAGGAUAUUACUGCAUCAAUCUGUCAAACAAAAAACUUAAAGGACUCAAACAGAGUCGACAUGCUGGCUACUCUGGAGACGAUGGGUUACAUCCCAGGCUGGCCCGGUCCUGCCCAGACCCCGGUAGAGGUGGAUCUGGACGUCAUAGAGGAAUAUCUACAGGAACACUCCCUGGAUGUGCGACACACACCUCCUCCUGCCACGCCCGCUCAGCAAACACACACACACUCACACCAACACCAGGACACCAGCGUCAUAGAGAACAGCUGGUCUGGUCAGUAUGCCUACCAGUGGCAUUAUGACUAUAGUUCUCCUAAUAAGGAAUAUGAAAAACAGGCUCCGCCCACAGAAUGGCCUCGUCUUCAUGGCAACCACUGGGAGCACAGCACCUAUUCCAGUGAGACAACUCCCUGCAGUGAGUCUGACUCCUCCAGCUCCCUCUGUCUAGACUACCCUCCAUCCUCUCCCUCCGACCCUCUCUCCUGCACCCCUGCUGAGAGGAGAGGCAGGAAGACGAGCGAAAUACUGCCCCUCACAUCACACUCAGGAAAGAAGAAGGAGCGUCUGUUCCACUUCCUGUUUGAGAUGCUACAGACCCCCUCCAUGCGGAGCUGCAUUUGGUGGGUACAGUCCUGCUCCGGCACCUUCCAGUUCUCCUCCCAGAACAAGGAGCGUCUGGCCCAGCUGUGGGGCCGAAGGAAGGGAAACCGCAAGACCAUGACAUACCAGAAGAUGGCUCGAGCACUCAGAAACUACAGCAGAACAGGAGAGAUCUGUAAGGUGAAGAGGAAGCUCACGUACCAGUUUAGUGAGGGGACACUGAGGGGGCUGCAGGGAGCGUGUUAGGGAGAGUGAGAAGGAGGAACAUAUGCUAGCACAGUUACCUGGCAAGGCACAAAGAUAAAUACUGAGUAUUUGUAGAAUGAGAAAGUAGAAGAGGAGGAGCAAGAGGAGGAGAAGGAGGAGCAGGGGAGGAGGAAGAGGAGGAGAAGCAGGAGGAGGAAGAGGAGGAAGAGUAUGAAGAGGGGGGAGGAGGAAGAAGAGCAGGAGGAGGAAGAGGAGGGUGAGGAGCAACAUCACCCUAACCCCUAACCCUUCUGUCUUCAACAGGUAGACACCAUGUAGAAGCUAGGGAAAGGGCCUUCACCAUGUAGAAGCUAGGGAAAGGGUAUUCAACAUGUAGAAGCUAGGGAAAGGGUCUUCAACAUGUAGAAGCUAGGGAAAGGGCCUUCAACAUGUAGAAGCUAGGGGAAGGGCCUUCAACAUGUAGAAGCUAGGGAAAGGGUAUUCAACAUGUAGAAGCUAGGAAAGGGCCUUCAACAUGUAGAAGCUAGGGAAAGGGUCUUCACCAUGUAGAAGCUAGGGAAAGGGUCUUCAACAUGUAGAAGCUAGGGAAAGGGUCUUCAACAUGUAGAAGCUAGGGAAAGGGUCUUCACCAUGUAGAAGCUAGGGAAAGGGCCUUCAACAUGUAGAAGCUAGGGAAAGGGCCUUCAACAUGUAGAAGCUAGGGAAAGGGCCUUCAACAUGUAGAAGCUAGGGAAAGGGCCUUCAACAUGUAGAAGCUAGGGAAAGGGCCUUCAACAUGUAGAAGCUAGGGAAAGGGUAUUCAACAUGUAGAAGCUAGGGAAAGGGUAUUCAACAUGUAGAAGCUAGGGAAAGGGCCUUCAACAUGUAGAAGCGAGGGAAAGUGCCUUCAACAUGUAGAAGCUAGGGAAAGGGUAUUCAACAUGUAGAAGCUAGGGAAAGGGUCUUCACCAUGUAGAAGCUAGGGAAAGGGCCUUCAACAUGUAGAAGCUAGGGAAAGGGUAUUCGACAUGUAGAAGCUAGGGAAAGGGUAUUCAACAUGUAGAUGCUAGGGUGAGUGCCUUCAACAUAUAGAAGCUAGGGAAAGGGUAUUCAACAUGUAGAAGCUAGGGAAAGGGUAUUCGACAUGUAGAAGCUAGGGAAAAUGCCUUCAACAUGUAGACGCUAGGGAAAGGGUAUUCAACAUGUAGAAGCUAGGGAAAAGGGGAUUCAACAUGUAGAAGCUAGGGAAAGGGUAUUCAACAUGUAGAAGCUAGGGUAAGUGCCUUCAACAUGUAGAAGCUAGGGAAAGGGUCUUCAACAUGUAGAAGCUAGGGAAAGGGUAUUCAACAUGUAGAAGCUAGGGAAAGGGUCUUCACCAUGUAGAAGCUAGGGAAAGGGUAUUCAACAUGUAGAAGCUAGGGAAGGGUCUUCAACAUGUAGAAGCUAGGGAAAGGGUCUUCACCAUGUAGAAGCUAGGGAAAGGGCCUUCAACAUGUAGAAGCUAGGGAAAGGGUAUUCGACAUGUAGAAGCUAGGGAAAGGGUAUUCAACAUGUAGAAGCUAGGGUGAGUGCCUUCAACAUGUAGAAGCUAGGGAAAGGGUAUUCGACAUGUAGAAGCUAGGGAAAGGGUAUUCAACAUGUAGAAGCUAGGGAAAGGGUAUUCAACAUGUAGAAGCUAGGGUGAGUGCCUUCAACAUGUAGAAGCUAGGGAAAGGGUCUUCAACAUGCAGAAGCUAGGGAAAGGGUAUUCAACAUGUAGAAGCUAGGGUGAGUGCCUUCAACAUAUAGAAGCUAGGGAAAGGGUAUUCAACAUGUAGAAGUUUGGGAAAGUGCCUUCAACAUGUAGAAGCUAGGGAAAGGGUAUUCAACAUGUAGAAGCUAGGGAAAGUGCCUUCAACAUGUAGAAGCUAGGGAAAGGGUCUUCAACAUGUAGAAGCUAGGGAAAGGGUAUUCAACAUGUAGAAGUUUGGGAAAGUGCCUUCAACAUGUAGAAGCUAGGGAAAGGGUAUUCAACAUGUAGGAGCUAGGGAAAGUGCCUUCAACAUGUAGAAGCUAGGGAAAGGGUAUUCAACAUGUAGAAGUUUGGGAAAGUGCCUUCAACAUGUAGAAGCUAGGGAAAGGGUAUUCAACAUGUAGAAGUUUGGGAAAGUGCCUUCAACAUGUAGAAGCUAGGGAAAGGGUAUUCAACAUGUAGAAGCUAGGGAAAAUGCCUUCAACAUGUAGAAGCUAGGGAAAGUGCCUUCAACAUGUAGAAGCUAGGGAAAGGGUAUUCAACAUGUAGAAGCUAGGGAAAAUGCCUUCAACAUGUAGAAGCUAGGGAAAGUGCCUUCAACAUGUAGAAGCUAGGGAAAGGGUAUUCUGGGGCUACAGAAGGGACAAGCCUUUGAACAUUGGCUUUGAACAUUAUUUGUAAAUCUGAGGAUUGUCAUUAUAUGAAAACUACUUCAUAAGUAGAGUUUGAAUGAAUCUCAAAUGGCACUGAUUAUUUUAUACACCUCAUGAAGAAAAUGUUGGAUCGGAUGAUAUAUUUUUCUACCCUUUCUUUUUGUUUUAAAUGUAGUCUUUAAUCGUGUGUUUUGAUGAACUGGUUUAGAGAAGAUCCAUCUGUUCGGAAAUAAGGCUUUAAACCAUUUGUCUUUUUGUCCUUUAAUGUCUGGUAUCUGUCCUCAUACUGUGAUGGUGUUGGCCCAGCGUCGUCCGGGUUUGGCCGGUGUAGGCCGGCAUUGUAAAUAAGAAUAUGUUCUUAACUGACUUGCCUAGUUAAAUAAAGGUUACAUUAAAAAAAAACAAA